AACUGGAAGCGGUGGGAUGUACAUGUACGUCGUCCGUAUGCACAGUACACACACGGGGGACGCACACACAACAUCAGCAGUGGAUCCGGCCGACAGCUAGCUCUUCCCGAGCGGUCGUGAGAAUGUAACCUCGUAUAAAACAGCUGGAUUUCCAUCCUUUUCCUUGCUUUUUGUGUGCUCCUCUGAACAACUUACAUAUAGAGGUACCAUUACGAAGGAGUGGUCAUUUUUUAUCACCAAAAUGUCUUCACAACCACCGCAGCGUUCGCGAAGAAAUGCUUCUCCUAGAGCAGGGCCUCAGCCGAUGCGAGCUACGCUACCCGUCACGUUACAGGUCAGACAGAGCAGCCCAACACGGGCUAGCAACGGGCGACGCUCUAGCCCAGCGCUAGCUUCGUCCCCGACGCAACCAUGGACCACCGGAGAAAAUCAUAAAGUGAAACACAGGCGGUCGCCAGAUCAUAGAGCAUCACCAGAAAGAAGUCCUAGCUCACCAGGUUUCAGGGUUGAAAAGCCGAAAGCAGUACGAGCUAGUCCUAUACGUCGUACCAACUCGCUGGAUACAAUUGCUGUACCUUAUUUGUCAGGUUACUGGCCUCGAUCAGAGACUGUCAAUUCUUCUUCCACCACAUCUACUACUAGUCAUGAACCCAACCAGAAAGACCAAUCUACACAGACAGAGGAAUCGGACAGAAAAGGGUCAUCACACAAGAGGUCAUCGUCUUGGGGAAGUGCAGACAACUUGAAGGAAAAACUAAGGCAGCAGCUUCGUAAACAGGGUAAUCGCCAGUCUACUGCCAGCACUCAACGAGCUUCACCUGUACAUGCUAAUCAUUCCACCCCAACCACUUACACAACACCCUCAAACAGCCCAUCAGCAGCACCAACUAACCAGACUUUGCCUCGUUCUACUGCCAUCGCGGUGCCUAAUAAUUCCUUGAAGGCACCUACACCUAAGAUCAGAGGAAGUGUUGAAGGUUUAAAUCAAGAGAUUGAGAGAUUAGUCCUUCAUGGUGUGCAUCAAGAAGAGGAGGGAGAAAAAAGAGGAGUAAUUAUACAAACUCAGGAACCAACAUGUGAUGGGCGUCGUGCACCACCCCCUGUUCUACAUACUAAUGACACUGGUACCCAGACUCCUGCAGAGAACCAGGAUGAUGGCAAUAUUAGUGAAGAGACAGGAAGUAGAGGCUCAGGUAGUCGCAGUCAUUCUACAUCACCAACGUUUCAAAUGGAUGGCUCACCAUCACGACCUUCUAGUAGGUCAAGCUCAACGGGUAAUGGAGAGGUCAAAGUAGAAAAAGAAGAAUCCUCACCAUCAGAAUUACAGAGUUGCAAGUAUUCAUCCUCCCCUAGUCAUAAUAACACGUAUCAACUAACCAGAGACCCACCUGAUGGCUGUGAGAAAGUCCGAUCAAUUGAAGAACCAAGUCGAAUUCCACUAUUCAUUGAAGGAACACAAGAGUAUUGUCCAGACAAGAAGGUAUCAUUCAAGUUAAAACCCAGUGAUAGUUCAGCCUUCUGUCCUCUGCUUCCUAACUACCCACCAGGAGAAUUCACCAAGUCACCACAAGCUGCAGUUGCUGCUACACAAACUCAAACGGCUGGAUGUGGAGACUAGGUAUUAGUUUCAUUUCAGCCUGAUGCAGAGACCAAUGUGCUGCUUUGGUUGAUGAGUGGUAUCUACACCAGAUGAAUCUAAUCAUUGUACAUGCAGUAUUCAUCAUAUCAUGUAUUGUAUACAAACAGUCCAUUUUCAUUACAAUCCAUUUGCUAACCAUAGACCCUUUCCAGUGAUGUUAUUAUUUGCAUUGGAACAUUGAGGUCUGCCAUUGUGGAUUACAUGUACAACGUAUGUUUGUACAGUUUUCCUAAUGUAAUGUGCUUGACGUGCACAUGUAGGUACUGUAUCAAGGGGAGCAAUACUAGUGAUGUCAUCUUUUAAGGGUCUAUGGUCACAACAGUUGCAGCAGUUUUGCCUCUGAAGCAAAUCUUGUAUUUGGAGUGCUCUCCCAUUUAAGGAAACUCAAGUUUUCGUUUCCAAUAAACCACAGUUAGAACCAAGAACACUUAACAAAAGGUAGAAGCAAUUGUAGUUACUGUACUUUUGUUUUGACAGUUAUUCCAUGUUGUAAAAUACCAUUGGAGAAAAUGGAACUUGACCUCUAACAAAAUCACACACAAAAAAACGAUUAAGGUUUUUCUGUUUCUGCAGAAACAAUGCAAAAGAUUAAUUUUGAAAGAACGAGAUAUUCUUCUCUGUAUAUAUCCCUUAUUAUAAAAAAAACAUGCAUUUACAAACAAUAAUUAGUUGACUGGUAUAAUCUUGGAAACAAGUGAGUUAAAAAGUUAUACAUUGCAAUGCAUUCAAGAUGAAUUACAUUGAUAUCACUAAACUCUAAAAUUGUAUUGUCAUCUUAGACUUCGAAAACAAAUUAUGCAAAAAAGGGCUCAUCGAAAGUUACUUGUAAACAAUUCAGAUUAAAACAAUCCAUCAAAAUGGGUUUAUUUUAUUCUUAUCUUUUUAUUUUUGUGGUACAAAUAAAAUAAAUGAAAUCAACCAAAUUCCAUAUGAGCAUUUACUCAUAAUGCUGUGUUAUAACACUUCUCAAAACACUGAACUGCGGAGAAAGUAACUGAGCGGGUUAAAAACAUUUGAGACCUUUUCCCAUGCAGCAAUGCAUGUAGCUAUAGUACUGGCCCCACCACAUUGACUGGUCAUACCUAUUAUUACCACUUUGGACAAUCGUACAGAGUUUUGCCAUAAUUGUUCAUUUUUGUGAUGUGCCCAUAAAAAAAACACUACAUGCAAGCAGUUCAAAACUAUGCAAAAUGAGGCAUUGAUAAAAAUAUAAUAAUAUUAAUAAAUCAAAAUAAUAGCCAUUUUUAUAUAGUGAAAUUUUCUGUCAAAUCCUUGUCCUGUCAUCAAAUAUAACAACCUGAAAAGAGCAGGAAAUCCCAAUGUACAGGACAAGUUUUGGGUGGACAUAUAUUUCCAGCCAGUUAGCUACUCUCAAUGUUUAAUUUGGGUGCAUUUCAGAAUCUGUACUUAAUUGUCAUCUAAUGCAUCAAAUAGUAGAAGUCGUUUGGAUGUAUGUUUAUGUUAAUGCAGUAAUAGGGCCACUUGGCCACUGGUCUUGCAGCUAACAAACUUCAUUGUAGCAAAUAAUUAUGUUUUCUACCAUUUUUUUUAUUCAUCCUUGCCCAACCUGUAGGAGGAGGGUUUAUAGGCUUAAUGGCAGUGGACACUACUGGUAGUUACGCAAAAUAAUUAUUAGCAUAAAACCUUACAUGGUAACGAGUAAUG